GAUAGGCAGGUGCUCCCUCUGCUGUUUCCUGAAGUCCACGAUCAUCUCCUUUGUUUAGUUGAUGUUGAGUGAGAGUUUGUUUUCUUCACACCGAGUGCCCUCCCCUCCUCCCUGUAGGCUGUCUCGUCCAUCAUUUUUAAAUGGAAGACGUUUGGAACCACCAAGACUCUUCCUAGAGCUGGCCACCCAGCCAAACUGAAUACUCUGGGGAGAAGGGCCUUGGUCAGAGAGGUGAGAGUGUGCCAUACUGUGAGGAGAGACAAAUAAACAGAUUAACACAUUAUCAGUGAUUCAGCCUCAGGUGAUGAGUUAUAUCUGCAUGUAGCUAAGGUGUGUUGCUUAUAUGUAAUGAAACAUAUACAUACUGUUGAUUUAGUAGAGCUACAUCAACAGAGACAGAAGGUGAUAAACAGAUGAUUAGCUGACAAUAAAUACAUAAAUGAAACCUGGAUUUAAAUGAUCUUUGUCUCUAUGGAAUGGAAAACAUGCAUUUAUAAUGUUGUAUGGAAGACAGGGUUGCAGGUCAGGUCCCAAUGUCUCCUAUUUGGGUGUUCCUGGGAGAGAAUUCAGCUAGCUUACGAGGAAUUUCCCAACUGAGUGUGGUAUCAGGAACUUUGCUAGCAACACAACAAUACAGAGUUGCCGUUUUUGGCCUCUGGAUUUCGUUCUAGACCACUGGGACAUAUGUGUCACGUUUUAGUACAAACAUACUAUAAAUGUAAAUGCACAGUGACAUCCAUGAGUAUGCUAACAUGCUCAAAUUGUAAAAUUAAGUGUAAUGUAGCUAUAUUUCCAUUUGCCCCAGUCAUUCUUUAUUUAGUGUUAUAUCCUGAUGCCUAGUCACUUUACCCCUGCCUGUUUUUACAUAUCUACCUCAAUUACCACGUAUCCCUGCACAUUGAUAUGGUUAUGGAACUCCUUGUGUAUAGCUUCAUUCCUGUGUGUUUUAUGUGUUUUAAUCUGCAUCAUUGGGAAAGAGCUGGUAAGUAAACAUUUCACUGUUAGGUUUACACCUGUUGUAUUCGGCGCAUGUGACAAAUACAAUUUCAUUAGAUUUCUUUUGGUCAUAUAUUUAUGAAGGAGUCUAUAGAGCCCAUGUUUUUACUACGAAGAGGAGGGGCUCUUGCCUCCGGUGUGAUGCCUGGUCUUUAGGAAAAAUAUUCGUUUAUCCACGGCCCCAUCACACAGCACAGCGAGUCUCCCGCAAAUAGAAUACUGGCUGACUGACAGCGGCGGGUUGACGGUGACGCGCAUGGAGAGAAUAUUUUAUCAAUCGGAUAGAGGAGACAGAUGAACGUGUUUUCUCCUUUAUUCCUAAUAGCCUAAUGUAACGGGCUGAGAGUCCAAACCGCUGACGGACGGCCUGAUAAGCAAGAAGCUGAAGGAAAUCUUAGAUUUCCGUGGUGUAACCAACAAGACUGUCCGUAGUCCCGAUAAGAAAAAUCCUUGAAGGUAUGUAUAGCUGAAUCUCAUGUAUUUGAGGGCAAAAUGCACUGCCUUUAAGUGAACAAAAUCCUUAAAAUGGAAACGUGCUUGAUAGGCUAGAUAUUGGCACAUCCUCUCAUCUAAAUAUGUGGAUGUAGAAAGUCAAUUAUUAUGACUGCGCCCUAGUCAGUCAGUAGUUUAUCGGUUUUUCAUGUAGGUUGACGUUUAUUUUAGUAUUUUUUUUACAUGAAUCUGUGACAGAAGUUUACCUCUUAAGAACAUGUAGCAUUUUUCAUCACAAUGGACAGCGCACGCUCGUCGGUUGUUGAACUGAGAGAUGUCACCGCAUGAUGUGGCGAGACAACAUUUAACAUGAUGUAAUAUUUGGGCAAUCUGAACAUAUGAAAUUGUGAAUCUAUUUUCUGGCCUGUUUUUCCAAACCAUUUUUUGACUGUGUGGACUUGAAUGCAAGAAGGGGGUGACAUAAAUGCCAUUCUGUCUUGAAAUUGGCCCCUCUGCGGGAAUGCCAGUUCACCAGAGGGGCAGUGGACUGUUGACACCUCAGGGCAAAUCCAUUCUCCCCCUCAUUUCUAAAAGGUCUCAUUUUCCAAAUCAAAUCAAUCUUGACUUCAUUCCACAUGAAGUGCGGCCAGUAUUCACUUCCGACUAACCUCCAGCCUAUUCACUGAGAUCUUAGAUGUAAUUUAAAGUGUAAUACACUCUUGAGGUGAACUGAAAUGGAUGUUGGGAGUUGGGUUCCAACUGCAGGAGAUGGGACCGCAAAUUUCACCCCGGCCUACCUCCUGCUGGAUCACCGUAACGGGUCAGGUCCAACACCUACACUGUUGGAUGACGGUCCGUCCAACGAUGUGACUCGGUUGGAUGGCCGGGAGCGCUACAUCACAGAUCAAGCCUACCGGGACUUCACCACUAUCAUCCAGGUGCUCAUCCUCGUAGGAUCCCUUUUGGGCAAUGCCACUGUUUUAUGGUGUACAUGCUGUACCAAUGUCUUCAAGUCGGUGACCAGUCGCUUCAUUAAGAACCUGGCGUGCUCAGGGAUCUGUGCGGGUCUGGUGUGUGUUCCUUUUGACGUGGCUCUAGGGGCCAACCCUCGCUGCUGCUGGUGGCUACACACUCUGCUGCUCUGCAAGGCCCUGAAGUUCCUCCACAAACUCUUCUGCUCCGUCACCGUGCUCAGCUUCUCCGCUAUCGCUCUCGACAGGUACUACUCUGUCCUCUAUCCUCUGGAGAGGAAGAUCUCCGACGCCAGAUCACGUGAUCUGGUUAUCUACAUCUGGAUCCAUGCCACCAUCGCCAGCGUGCCUGUGUUCGCCGUCACCAACGUUACCGACGUGUACGCCACCUUGUCAUGUUCCGACACCCGCGCCCGCUCCUUGGGUCACAUGGUCUACGUGAUGAUCUACAACGUCACCACGGUGAUCCUCCCCCUGGCGGUUGUCUUCCUGUUCCUGGUUCUGAUUCGCCGAGCCCUUAGCGCCAGCCAGAAGAAGAAGGUGAUUAUUGCAGCGUUGAGAACCCCUCAGAACUCCAUCUCUAUUCCGUAUGUGUCGCAGCGCGAGGCUGAGCUACACGCUACAUUACUAACUGUAGUUUUAGCCUUCUCAGCCUGUAGCGCCCCCUAUGGGGUGUUGGUGGUAUACCGCACUCUUCUCGGGGACGGUGAGGAAUUGUCUCCUUCUCUCCACCUCACAGCUAUCUGGCUGCCAAAGGUGUCUCUCCUCACCAACCCUCUGCUGUUUCUGACGGUGAACCGCACGGCCAGGCAGUGCCUGUUGGAUGUUUUAGCCCGGGUCCACAGACGCUACAGCCGGCGUAAUGUAGUCAGCACUGGGGCCCUGGGGCUGGGGCUAGGGGGCGAGGGAGGGCUGGAGGGAUCGGCUCAGGCCGGGAGCCAGCUCCUGGAGAUGUUUAAUAUCGGACAGCAGCAGAUCUUUAGGCCGACCGAUGAAGAGGACGAGGAGGAGGUAGAGAAUGAGAGACCUUCGUUAGGGUCAGGAGGUGGUGGGGGUUGUUCGCAACCCAAAGAGAACCACCUUGGAGGGGGUAGACUAGGGGGACACGAAGGGGAGAUGGUUCUACAGAAGGAGACCCAACCAACCAGAGAGAGUGUCCUAGUGACUAAAGAAUUUCCUCCUUUCAUAUUGCCAAAGGUCUCCCCUGCCCCUGUCCACGCCUGCUCUUACACCUCCUCGUCACAGGUGGCGCCAGCGACCCCCAUGGAGCCCGACGACGCCACCCAGUUUGGGUUCGGUCCAUUCGAGCUGCCGCCCCAGUGGCUGCCGGAGACCAGGAACAGUAAAAAGAGGCUCCUCCCACCGCUGGGGAAUACCCCCGAGGAACUGAUCCAGACCAAACAGCCACGCCCACGGCCAGAACGACGAAUCAGCAGGAACAACAAGGUCAGCACCUUUCCCGUUGUCGACCCUUAAACUAUGAACCCUGUCCGUUGACCUUUGAACCUAUGAUCCCUGAUGACAGCUAUGGCUGGAGGUCAGCCAGAGGAGUAUUCCACUGAUGGAGCGUAAUGAGAACAGCAAUGCACCAUUUUAUGUCAAUGACUGGAUACAAAGUCAAUGGAGGAAAUCUGACCAACCACCUGACCAAAGGCCCCCUGUAAGAGAAAGCAGGGAUGUACAACUCCAGAGCUCGAUGUGUCUGUCUCAUUGAUGAUUCUCCCUGUCGUGUAAUGGAUACAUUUUAUGUCAAUGACUGAUGAGAUUUUAGAAAGUCCACACCGGGACACCUAAUAGCCCAAGUCUAACGUCUAAAGCCACAUUUUUCUGAAGACAUGGAUUUUGACCCCAAUGUAUUGGUUUCGAUGUUCUCUCUUUUUUUCUUGUUCUAUCUUUCCAAUAAAUAUUUUCAGUUGAUUUGUACUGAUACUGCUAACAGAGCAGGUAAAACCUUUUGAAGUGAUUUGUACUGGUACUGCUAGCAAAGCAGGUAACACAUUUUCAAUUGAUUUGUACUGGUACUGCUAACUGAUCAGGUAAAACCUUUACAAUUAAAUUGUACUGGUACUGCUAACAGAGCAUUUUCAACAUCUCUGUUUUAUUCAACAUAAUUAGUACAAACAAUUUAAUCUAGUUGAUUUCUAAGAAAAGUUUGGCAAUGAUGUAUUGAACAUACAAAUAUAUGCAUUAGAUUCUUGCAAUGCCACAUUUACAUUGUGAUUGACAUGGAGAAUUGAUUCACACAAACACUGAAUGAAUCUUAGAUUCUGGGUGAGACAUUGAAGCUAAAUAAGAGUAUUUCUCAAGGUAUUUUUCCAUGAACAAAACAUCUUCUAACAAUACUAAACUGUCAUCAUCAAGUCUUAAAUAAUGAAUGAGUUUCUGUAUCAAACCUUUCACUUGUCUCCAUAGCGAUGUUAUUUUCUCUUGUUGUUUUUCAUCAAAAGGAACCAGCAAUAUUUCAUUUUGAGAAAUCUAUCAAGCCUUGAACUGUAGCUGUUCCUAUAUGGGCUUCAUUUUUUAUUCCAUAUUAUUUUGAGUUUAUUUUCUAUGGUAGAACAUGUCUCUUCAGAUGUAUUGAAUGCCAUUCCUUUCCAACGCCAACCCUUUGUAGUACAGACAGUGACUGGAACAUUCAAUGAAAUUAAUGAUAUGAUAAGUGCAAUUGUACAGUUUGCAAAUAUAUAGUAUAAAAUAAUUUGGGAUUAA